UGCCUGAAAGAAAACUCUGUUUUAAUCUGUAGCAGAAAUGGUAAACCCAGAAUAUUUAUGUAGAAUUAGCUACUUAAUAACCAAAAGCUUGAUUGCAGCUUUGCAAUGAUGAUGAGAAUGGCCCUGAGUUCUUCGGUUAUUCUUUAGGUUAUUAACUUGUUGGGUUGUGCAUUUUUCAGAUUUGCUACUUGAGAAAAUUGUUGGCAGUUUCUUUUAAGGCUUUUAUAAAUUCUUUAGUAUGUGUUUCUUUGGCUUAAUUAUCCACUAAAAUUACACUGUCAGAAUUUACACACUAGUCAUAAUUAACCUUUGAAGCUUAACUGUGGGUGAAUUUUCAGUACUCUUUAUGUUCUUUGGGAAUGGUCAGCCAGUAGUUUCCACAAGAAUUUUAUUUGCACUGAAGGUCAGAUAUUUUCAGGUAGGACUGAUUUUCAGGGGCCAGAAGCCUUUCUUUGAACUUUAUAAUUGUGCUUGGUUGCAUUCACUGCCGUUUAAAAGGAUCUUUAAUAAGGAGAGUCACUUUAAAGAAAAUAUUUUUUCAUUGUUACCUUCAUAAUCUCUAUUCCUGGCAAAUUUUCCGGAAUAUUUGAUUUUUCUUUGUCUUCAUUAAGUAAAACAGGUCCAUUUGAUGCCCAUUUCAAGAUCAUCCUUCUGCUGCCUGUCUUGUGGUCAUUUAACUUCUCAUUAAGCCCUCCACUGGAGACUGUGCCAGAAGAGAGAGAUGAUGAAAAGCAAACGAAUCAUUUUCUAAUUGUUAGCAGCUCUGAAAAAUGAUUUGUAGAAGAGAUUGACACUAUCCCGGAAAUUCUUUAGGAUUAUGUUUUAUUUCAUUCAUCUGUAUUAUCUCUGAGAUGUUCCUAAUAGUCAUCAAUUUAGAAGCUGAUUAUCCAGCUGUUGGAUGACCAGGAAUCUAACUGCUUUUUUUUUUUUAUUUGUUUCUUGCUGUAUCUAAGCAUUAAGCAUCUCCACAGAGGAUGUCUAGAAGUAAGGAGUAGGGAUAACAUUUAAACUGAUCAAUACUUUUUUUUUUCCCCUUAGAGCUCUUAGUGAACAAUUUGAUUUUUUUGGACAGUUUAGUUAUUGUUAUUGGAAGUGACUUAUAGUAAUUUCAUUUUAUUUUGAGUAUCUGUAUCUUACACACAAAUGUAGGGAGGCUUUUGGGUGCAUUUUAAGAAACAUGGGCUUAUAUAGAUUCCCGUAAUUGCUUUCUUGAAUUAUUACGCUUGAGGUUUCAUUACAUCUUUGUAUCAGAACAGAACCUGGGCUUUUGCCGUGGAACAGAUUCAAAGGCAUCAUCUAAUUUUCUUUUUAUGAUUGUUUAAGAAGUUAUAUUGUUUUGGCUUAGCAGUAAAAAAGGGGGAAAAGGAUUAAUAGUGGACAGACCUUGCCUAACAGCUGUAACAUUGAUGCUGUCUGAUUUUUUUCUGUUGUCUUUGGUCUCCCAUUUCUCAUUUAAUCAUUCGUAUAUUCCUGAAUUAGAGUUCUUUGCUUCACUUAGUGCAGAGGACACCAGCCUUCAGUCACACUAUUUCCCUGGAACCUGGGCUCCCCAAGACGCAGCGCUGGAGCAGAUGGAUAAUGGAGACUGGGGCUAUAUGAUGACUGACCCAGUCACGUUAAAUGUAGGUGGACACUUGUAUACAACGUCUCUCACCACAUUGACGCGUUACCCGGAUUCCAUGCUUGGAGCUAUGUUUGGGGGGGACUUCCCCACAGCUCGAGACCCUCAAGGCAAUUACUUCAUUGAUCGAGAUGGACCUCUUUUCCGUUAUGUCCUCAACUUCUUAAGAACUUCAGAGUUGACCUUACCCCUGGAUUUUAAGGAAUUUGAUCUGCUUCGGAAAGAAGCAGAUUUUUAUCAGAUUGAGCCCUUGAUUCAAUGUCUCAAUGACCCCAAGCCUCUGUAUCCUAUGGAUACUUUUGAAGAAGUUGUGGAGUUAUCUAGUACUCGGAAGCUUUCUAAGUACUCUAAUCCAGUAGCUGUCAUCAUAACACAGUUAACCAUCACCACCAAGGUCCAUUCCUUACUAGAAGGUAUCUCAAACCAUUUCACGAAGUGGAAUAAGCACAUGAUGGACACCAGAGAUUGCCAGGUUUCCUUCACUUUCGGACCCUGUGAUUAUCACCAGGAAGUUUCUCUCAGGGUCCACCUGAUGGAAUACAUUACAAAACAAGGUUUCACGAUCCGCAACACCCGAGUGCAUCACAUGAGUGAGCGGGCCAACGAGAACACAGUGGAGCACAACUGGACUUUCUGUAGGCUGGCCCGGAAGACUGAUGACUGAUCUCAAAGCCCGGGAGGAGUUCCUGGAGACUGACUUUCCAGGACAUGGAAGAGACUUUUUUUUUUUUUUUUUUUUAAA